AUGCCCCGAUCGUUCACUUUGCGUGUGCCGUCGACAAGUGCGAACAUCGGCCCAGGCUUCGACGUUGUCGGGCUAUCGUUAUCGUUGUAUCUGACGCUCACCGCCUCGCACGAUGAUUUUCCUCCUGAGCCCAUUCUGUCACCGCCACCAAAACUUACACACUCUGGCGAAGGGGCAGACGAAGUCCCCCUGGAUCCUUACAAAAAUUUGACUACCCGAGUUGCACUUUACGUGCUUCGUUGCCAUGCCAUUCCUCACUUCCCUCCAAAUCUCGCCGUUCACGCUCACAAUGAAAUUCCUUUCGGACGAGGACUUGGCUCAUCAGGAGCAGCAGUCAUAGCUGGCGUAUUACUUGGGAAUGUGAUCGGGAAGCUGAAUCUGAGUGAAUCACGAAUGCUUGAUUUUGCGUUAAUGGUUGAACGGCACCCAGACAAUGUCACUGCUGCUCUCGUUGGGGGUUUUGUGGGCUCCUACCUGCGUGAAUUGGACCCCGAAGCAACCCAAGCUGCCUCCGUUCCACUUAGUGAGGUGCUUCCCGAGUAUCCCCCUGAGGCUGGCGAAGAGUGGGGAAGGGAUCCCCCAAGCCCCCCAUUGGGAAUUGGUCAUUACGUCCGAUUUCCAUGGUCGGGGGAAAUUAAAGCGGUCGCUAUUAUCCCGCAAUUCGAACUAAGCACCGCAACGGCCCGUAAUGUUCUUCCUCAAUCAUACUCCAGGAAAGAUCUGGUUUUCAACCUCCAACGACUUGCUGUGCUGACAAUUGCUCUGGGCCAAACGCCCCCAGACCCAGACCUGAUCUAUGAAGCAAUGAAGGAUAGAAUACAUCAGCCAUACCGGAAAGAGUUGAUCCCCGGCCUGCCCGAAGUGACGUCUUCGCUGACGCCGUCGUCACAUCCUGGUCUUCUUGGCAUCUGUCUUUCUGGUGCUGGUCCCACGAUACUCGCACUCGCCACUGCGAAUUUUGAACGUAUUGCAGAGGAUGCGGCUCGUAUCUUCAAGGAGUUCAACGUCGACGUUGACUGGAAGCUUCUGCAUGUUGUAGGUGGAAGUCAUGUGCAGGAGCCAUCUGCAACGUGA